AGAAUAUGACACAUUCAUUGUUCUUUUGCUUCUUUUCAAUUUCAGAGCCCACCCUCUGAAAUUCCUACAUCAACAUUCGAUCGAAUCUCUUUACCUUUAAAUACUCCUCACCACCUCUCACUUUCUUGCUCAUUACAUCCUAAAACUUGUUUUUUAAUUUUUAUUUUCUUCUUUCUUCCAAAAUGGUUCUCUCUUCAACACUCACUCCCACCACACUCAUCCUCUUGCUAAUCCUGUCCCUCCAAGCCUGCACCACCCAAUCUUCUGCUGCUUCCGUCACUGAUUUCUCAGGAUCAGCCUGCCUCAGAGUUUCAACAACCAGAUUCAUUGACUCUGUAAGCAAAGUCAUUGAUGUUCUGGGAGAUGUCUCAUCCAUUCUCAAACCCUUCGCCAGCAGAAUUUUUCACAACUUUCGUCUCACAAACGCCGUGUCUGACUGUCUGGACUUGAUUGACAUGGCUUCUGAAGAUCUUAGAUGGUCUAUUUCCGCCACCCAGAACCCCAAAGGGAAGAAUAAUAGCACUGGAAACUUAAGCUCUGAUCUGAAAACAUGGCUGAGUGCUGUACUAUCACAUCCAGAGACUUGCAUUGAAGGAUUUGAAGGUACAAACAGCAUUGUGAAGGGUCUUGUAUCAAGUGGACUAGGGGAAGUGAUGUCCUUGGUGAGAGAGCUUCUUUUCCAAGUGGUCCCUGAUUCAGAUCCAUCAAGCACUAGCAAGGGUGGUGAAUUUCCUUCAUGGGUUAAAGCAGAGGAUGAGAAGCUCUUACAGGAAAAUGGGGUGGUUCCGGAUGCGGUGGUGGCGGCGGAUGGGAGCGGGAACUACACGACGGUGAUGGAGGCGGUGCUGGCGGCACCUGAUUAUAGCAUGAAACGUUUUGUGAUAUAUGUGAAGAAGGGUGUUUAUGAAGAGUAUGCUGAGAUCAAGAAGAAGAAAUGGAACAUCAUGAUGGUUGGUGAUGGCAUGGAUGUUACGGUUAUUUCCGGUAACCGGAGCUUUGGGGACGGCUGGACCACUUUCAAAUCAGCUACAUUUGCUGUCAGUGGUAGAGGAUUCAUAGCACGAGGCAUCACCUUCCAGAACACGGCAGGCCCAGAGAAACACCAAGCAGUAGCCCUGAGAUCCGACUCCGACCUCGCCGUGUUCUUCCGAUGUUCCAUCACCGGCUACCAAGACAGCCUCUACCCUCACACCAUGCGGCAGUUCUACAAAGAAUGCAGAAUCACCGGCACGGUGGAUUUCAUCUUUGGCGACGCCACCGCCGUCUUCCAAAACUGCAACAUCCAAGCUAGAAAAGGCUUGCAGGAUCAGAAAAACACAAUCACAGCUCAAGGGCGCAAAGAUCCUGGUCAAUCAUCUGGUUUCUCGUUUCAGUACUGCAAUAUCACUGCAGAUUCUGAACUUCUACCUUCAGUUGGUUCCAUCCAAACGUACCUUGGAAGACCGUGGAAGGAGUAUUCAAGAACAGUUUUCAUGCAAUCGUUCAUGAGUGAUGUGGUGAGUUCACAAGGGUGGUUAGAGUGGAAUACAAGUUUUGAUGAUACAUUGUUCUAUGGUGAGUAUUUGAAUUAUGGAGCUGGUGCUGGAGUUGGUAACAGAGUGAAAUGGGGAGGGUAUCAUGUGUUGAAUGAUUCAGAGGCUGGGAAAUUCACUGUUAAUCAAUUUAUUGAGGGGAAUCUGUGGUUGCCUUCUACAGGUGUAGCUUACACUGGUGGAUUGUGAGUUUGAAGGGAACUGGAAAUAGUGUACUUAUUAUAGAAGUUAUGAUUAUUAUUCAAAUUGUCACCUUCGCGUUCUAAUUCUGUUUGUGACUCUUGUGUUUUAGGCAAACAUGUUCGGUUGCCUUUUAGUUCAUCUGAAACUAUUACUUUGAGACCAUUUGAUAUUUUGCAUAGUGAUUUAUGGACGUCUCCUGUUUUAAGUA